UCUCCCUCAUCCAUACCUUUCCAUCUAAGGAUAGCCUAAUCCAUCAUAGUGAGGCAUUUCCUACACCACCACCACCACCACCACCACUCCUCAAGACAUAACUUGCGCGGCAGAGCCGUCCUCAUCAAGAAGGGAAUUUAUACAUCCUACGUCACCACGACCAAAUCCCCAGGAUGGAAACCAAACCCACCUACCCUCGCAACUUCCAACUAGCACUCAGUAACAAGCUCAGUCCCGAAGACGUAACCAACCAUCUCAACAAACCAGGAUGUACACCCCGCUUCGUCUACGGGGUCCUCAUGCUUCCCACCGUCCUAAGCCACUACCUCGACACCCCCCAGACGGAGAUCAUAGCCAAGCAAAUGACGCGAGCAACGCUCCGAGGCCAUAAGCUCUACCGAAUCGGACCGGACAGCACACCCGUCAUGGUACCCUCAUCGGAUCCCCAAGAUACGGUAGAGGGUAUGCUCAUCUUUGGUCUGGAUGCCGUGCAGCGAAACGCCAUCUACGAAAAGGAAAGUGGACUGAUGGAAUUGGUGAAUGUGCGGGUUACUAUUACCCAGGUUGAUGGCUUGUUGCAGAGACAUGUCGUUUUGAGUCAGAGGGUGGUUGAUGCGGGGGCGUUUGUUUGGGUUGAUUCUCAAGAAGGGUUGAUUCCUAUGGAGAGGAAUGCCUGGCCGGUAGAUGAGUUCUUGGGCAGUCAGUUUUAUGAGAAUAUUUGUCUGUCUCGACGGACGUCGUUGGGGGAGUGGAAGGAGAGGUUUGUUGAGAAUUUGUUGGGAGAUUCGUUGUAGGAGAUGGGUUCCAUGGAUUAGUUGUUCUGCGAUUUAGCACGGGUUAGGAUCAAAUGGUCUGCUUCUGCUGGGACUUGCAUAGGCGUUAUGAUACGGUGGAUAAGUCUGGGGUUAUGCUCAUACAUGAUUUCUCCUUAU